CUCUCUCUCUCACACACUCCCGGGAGCAGCGCUUUGACGCACCACGCAAAGUUGGAUUAUACUAUUGCGCGCUGGUCUUUGACGGGGCUUUUUUCCCUCCCUAACACUGCCUACACCCUUGCCACUGACUUGCCAUUGAUAUAUUAUCUGGAUCAAUAUCUUUCCUCCUCGGUGACCUCUGCUGAGCUUUUUGGAAGAACCGAGCGCGGUCUCCUUUCUGGACGCGUGUUAUGAAUUCAUAACUAAGACAGCCUCACCUGGAGUGCGUGUGUUUGUAUGCAGUAAAGUGUGUCUGAGAGUUUGUUUCUCUGGAUCAGAUCAAGCAGUGAGGUGUUUUAUUGGCUUGGUUCAGCACACGCUCAUACGCUUACAGACACAACACACAUCGGGGGGAUUUUGGGCACCGCAUGCCGGGGACAUGUGGAAGUUUGCGCCGCUGUAGCGCAGCCAGAGAGCCGGUCCACCGCCUCGUCAACCUCUCGUCUCCCUUUCAAGGGGGGGGGCAAAUUCCUAAUUCACAGCUUUCAUACAUAAAAACCCCUCUAAGAAGACCCAAAUGUGAAUUUUAGAGCGAUACAUUUGAGAAUCCCAGGUCUGAGGGGAGGACAACGAAAAGGAGGACUGCAUCCCGUUGCGUGCAGAGUUUGGUGAGCUGUUUCGGGGAUUUCAGGGCUUUUAUUUUUGAACGCCCUUGUAUUUUCUCGUUAUUUUGUGGGUCUCAUAUUGGCCCCCACUUGCCGCAAUGAUGGUGGGAACUCUGAGCCCCGCUGGCCCCGCUGGCCACGGCCGCUCCCCGGUGACUGCGCUGGGGCUGCUGGCCGUCCUGCUCUCGGUCCUGUCCGGCGGAGCGGACGGACAGCCCUGCCCGGCGCAGUGCUCCUGCACCGGGACUACCGUAGACUGUCACGGCCAAGGGCUCCGCAGCGUGCCCAGGAAUAUCCCCCGCAACACCGAGAGACUGGAUCUGAAUGCAAACAACCUCACUAAAAUCACCAAGGCGGAUUUUGCAGGACUGAGGCAUCUGCGAGUGUUGCAGCUAAUGGAGAACAAAAUCACCACAAUAGAGAGAGGAGCGUUCCAGGACCUGAAGGAGCUGGAGAGACUGCGCCUGAAUCGGAAUAACCUGGCCGUGUUCCCCGAGCUGCUUUUCCUGGGAACGACAAAACUUUACAGACUUGAUCUCAGCGAGAACCAGAUUCAGGGGGUUCCACGGAAAGCCUUCAGAGGAGCUGUGGAGAUCAAGAACCUCCAGUUGGACUACAACCACAUCAGCUGUAUUGAAGAUGGAGCUUUCCGAGCGUUACGUGACCUGGAAGUGCUCACCCUCAACAACAACAACAUCAGCCGUCUGUCUGUGGCCAGUUUCAACCACAUGCCGAAGCUAAGGACCUUUCGCCUGCACUCCAACAACCUGCAGUGUGACUGCAACGUGGCCUGGCUGUCAGAGUGGCUGCGACAGCGACCCCGCCUGGGUCUCUACACACAAUGCAUGGCCCCUCCGCACUUGAGGGGGCACAACGUGGCUGAGGUGCAGAAGAAGGAGUUUGCCUGCACAGGUCACCAGUCGUCAUCAUCAUCUUCUUCCUGCAGUGUGAUACAGUGCCCAGAGUCCUGUACCUGCAGUAACAACAUUGUAGACUGCAGAGGGAAGGGACUGACAGAAAUACCCACCAACCUGCCUGAAACCAUCACUGAGAUACGACUGGAGCAGAACGCCAUCAAGGUGAUCCCAGCUGGAGCCUUUUCUCCUUAUAAGAAGCUGCGCAGGAUUGACUUGAGUAACAACCAGAUUUCCGAGUUAGCCUCAGACGCCUUCCAAGGUCUGCGCUCCCUCAACUCUCUGGUGUUAUACGGGAACAAGAUCACUGAGAUUUCCAAAGCACUGUUUGAGGGACUUUUUUCUCUGCAGCUAUUGUUACUGAAUGCUAAUAAGAUAGCGUGUCUGCGUGUGGAUGCAUUUCAGGACCUCCACAACCUCAACCUUCUCUCACUAUAUGACAACAAGCUCCAAACCAUCGCCAAAGGGACCUUCUCAUCACUAAGAGCCAUACAAACGCUUCACUUAGCCCAGAACCCGUUUAUCUGUGACUGCCAUCUGAAGUGGCUGGCAGACUACCUUCAGGACAAUCCCAUCGAGACGAGCGGCGCCCGCUGCACCAGCCCCCGACGCCUCGCCAACAAACGAAUCGGACAAAUCAAGAGCAAGAAGUUCCGCUGCUCAGGUACUGAAGAUUACCGCAGUAAGCUUGGAGGGGACUGCUUCGCCGACUUGGCCUGCCCAGAGAAGUGCCGCUGUGAGGGCACCACGGUGGACUGCUCCAACCAGAAACUCACCAAAAUACCAGAUCACAUCCCCCAGUACACCGCCGAACUGCGUCUGAACAACAAUGAAUUCACUGUGCUCGAGGCGACAGGGAUCUUCAAAAAGUUGCCUCAGCUGAGAAAGAUUAACCUGAGCAAUAACCGUAUCACUGACAUAGAGGAGGGGACAUUUGAAGGAGCCUCCGGGGUCAACGAGUUGAUCCUGACCUCCAACAGACUGGAGAACGUACACCACCUCAUGCUGAAGGGACUCGGUGGCCUCCGCACACUUAUGCUGAGGAGUAAUCGUAUCAGCUGUGUGAGUAACAGCAGUUUUGUGGGGUUGAGCUCCGUUCGUCUGCUGUCGCUCUACGACAACCAGAUCACCUCCAUGAACCCUGGAGCCUUCGACACAUUGCACUCCCUGUCCACACUCAACCUUCUGGCCAAUCCCUUUAACUGUAACUGUCACCUGGCCUGGCUCGGUGAUUGGCUCAGAAGGAAACGCAUCGUCACGGGUAACCCUCGCUGCCAGAAUCCUUAUUUCUUGAAGGAGAUCCCCAUCCAGGAUGUAGCUGCCCAGGAUUUUGCCUGUGAAGAUGGUAACAACGAGAACAGCUGCUCCCCAGUGCUGAGGUGUCCCGCAGAGUGCUCCUGUCUGGACACGGUGGUGCGCUGCAGCAACAAGGGCCUCAACACGCUGCCCAAAGGCCUGCCCAAAGAGACCACCGAACUGUAUCUUGAUGGCAACCACUUCACUCAGGUUCCUGUGGAGCUCUCCGAUUACAAACACUUAACACUCAUUGAUUUGAGUAACAACCAGAUCAGCACGUUGUCCAACCACAGCCUCAGUAACAUGUCCGAGCUGCUUACCCUAAUCCUGAGCUACAACCGCCUGCGCUGCAUACCAGUGAGGGCGUUCGAUGGACUCAAAUCUCUCCGUUUGCUGUCUCUCCAUGGUAACGACAUAUCACUGAUACCAGAGGGAGCCUUCAAAGACCUGUCAUCGCUCUCCCACCUGGCUCUGGGGGCCAACCCUCUGUACUGUGACUGCCACAUGCAGUGGCUGUCAGACUGGGUGAAGAGCGGCUACAAGGAGCCUGGCAUCGCCCGCUGCACCGGCCCUGGUGACAUGACCGACAAACUGCUGCUCACAACACCUUCCAAGAAGUUCACCUGCAUAGGUCCUGUAGAUAUGAAUAUACAGGCCAAAUGUGAGCCUUGCCUGUCUAACCCCUGCAAGAAUGAUGGCUCCUGCUCCAACGACCCAGUGAACUACUACCGCUGCAACUGCCCCUUUGGAUUUAAGGGACAAAACUGUGAGGAGCCCAUUCAUGCCUGCAUCAGUAACCCGUGCCAUAAUGGAGGCACUUGUCACCUGAAGGAAGGAGAAGAGAGCAACUUCUGGUGUGUGUGUCCAGAGGGCUUUGAAGGCGACGCAUGUGAGAUCAACAUCGAUGACUGCGAAGACAACGACUGUGAGAACAACUCCACCUGCGUCGAUGGAAUCAACAACUACACUUGCAUGUGCUCAGCAGAAUACACAGGGGAGCUAUGUGAAGAGAAACUGGAUUUUUGCGCUCCAGACCUGAACCCUUGUCAGCACGACUCAAAGUGCAUUUUGACCCCUCAGGGAUACAAGUGUGAGUGCACUCCAGGGUACGUGGGUGAGCACUGUGAGCUGGACUACGAUGACUGUGAGGACAACAAGUGUCAGAACGGAGGGCAGUGCAUUGAUGCAGUCAACGGGUACACCUGCGUCUGUCCAGAGGGAUACAGCGGGUUGUUCUGUGAGUACUCUCCUCCGAUGGUCCUUCCUCGCACCAGCCCCUGUGACAACCACGAGUGCCUCAAUGGGGCGCAGUGUGUCAUCGUGGGAACAGACCCCCGCUGCCAGUGUCUCCAGGGCUACGAGGGCGAGAGCUGUGAAACGCUCGUCAGUGUCAACUUUGUCAACCGCGAGUCCUACCUGCUACUUCCCUCCAGUCUCCUCUCACCAGAGACCAACAUCAGCCUGCAGAUUGCUACAGAUGAGGACAGUGGCGUGUUGUUGUAUAAAGGGGACAAUGAUCACAUUGCCAUGGAGCUGUACAGGGGACGCCUCAGGGUCAGCUACGAUACAGGAUCAUACCCUCCUUCCGCUAUAUACAGUGUGGAGACAGUGAAUGAUGGCAUCUUCCAUGCUGUAGAGUUGGUGGCGUCAGACCAGACUUUGUCUUUGUCAAUCGACGGCGGGACGCCCAAAUCCAUCAACUCCCUCAGCAAACAGUCCACCCUCAACAUAGAUUCUCCACUCUACCUUGGAGGAAUGCCAGAACGUGCCUCAGGGUCUGGGGGUCCCUCGUCCCUGCAGCACAGCUCAGGUGGUCGUAACGGCACCAGCUUCCACGGCUGCCUCCGUAACCUGUACAUCAACGGGAAGCUCCAGGACCUGGGGGCCGGGCUGGGCUCGGGGGCUCUGGGCUCCACAGCGGCACAGAGCACCAGCAGACAGUGGCUGGGCCAAGGGGUGGAGCCAGGCUGCCAGCCCUGUCAGAGAGGGGCCUGCGUCCAGGGCGACUGCCACCCGACGGGACAUCGAGGCUUCACCUGCACCUGUCACCCGGGCUGGACGGGAACAGUGUGCGACGAGCAAGUCAACAACCCAUGUGAUGGCAACAAAUGUAUACAUGGCACCUGCCUUCCAAUCAACUCCUACUCGUACUCCUGCCGCUGCCAGCCUGGUUUCGCUGGAGUACUUUGCGACGAGCAGGACCAGGACACAGCUAACCCCUGCAGUAUGUCACACUGUAAACAUGGCAAAUGUAGAGUGUCAGGCCUGGGGAAGGCAUACUGCGAGUGUAACAGCGGAUAUACAGGGGACGCGUGCGACAGAGCAUCUCCUGAGCUUCCUAUUAAUCCCUCACGGGGGACAACUCAGAGGUGGCCUGCAGAGGGGAACGGAUCCGAGAUGUCUACCAGAGACAGCAAGGCUACGCGGCGUGCCAAACCCAGGAGAAGGUCUCCCGCCUAGAGUGUCGGGGCAGCUGCCCGGGGGGAGCAGAAGGACAGGGCACCUGCUGCACCCCCCUCCGCAGCAAACGCAGGAAAUACACCUUCCAGUGCACUGACGGCUCUUCUUUUGUCCAGGAAGUGGAAAAGGUGGUCAAAUGUGGCUGUACAAAGUGUUCCUCAUAAAAAAAGAGAAAAAUUAAGAGACAUCACCCUUGGCAGAUUUCCUCCCCUCCAGAUAUGUUUUAUGUUCUUGCCCUCAUUACUUGAUCCUCGUACCCCUUGUCCAAGGUCCCGAAUCCUCCUGAGAGAAAACCCUUCACCCUCCACAGUCCCCUCCCCCAACCACCCCUGUUUUUUUAAAAACCCUUAAAAAAAGGCACACAAAAAACAAGAGAAACAACUAAAAAAUAGUUUCUUUUCUGUAUCAGUGCUGGACUGAUGAUUGAUGCUUCCUCGGUGGGGAUGUUGAAUUGUAUUGUAAAGUACAAAAACAGACUUAUUUUUUAUUAUGAAGUGGAGAAAAAGACAAAAAAAACCACAAGAGAUGACUUUCUUCCCUUACGUCUACUUCUUUUUGUUGGUCACGAUGACUCCAAUGGUGUGCCACACUGUCUCUGCCCUGGAGGACUGACCGGUCACUGACGGCUAACUGCUUCCUGUAGACUUCCUGCUUCCUGUCUGUGAGUUGUGUGUUUAGGAGUAACCUUAACUGGUAGUACCACAGACUCACCACUAUGCGGAGCUGCAUAAAUGCACGGGAGAUGGCGGGCAGUGACGACCCCCUUCAACACAAGAAACCACCACUAGUCUGCAGUCUCCCUCAACAGACCUCUGAACCCUCUGAGACUGUGUCCACCAUCAUACUCACAGCUGCGCUCAAACUUGUGAUAUUUUUUACAGCUACUGAACAACACACACACAUACAAAUGCUCUCACCAGUCUAAGAGUCAUAUGUAAUACCUGCCAGGUUAAAUAUACUCUCUGUUUAUCCACCCCCCAGUCAUGAAUGACAAGUAUUUAUUGUAUCAUAAAUACCUGUACUUAUUCAGUAGAUCCCCGAUGUAUCAAUCUGAUCUUUUAAUAUAUAUUAAUUUAUAUUUGUCCUUAUUUUUGUAUUAAAAAGACAUAAUCUGUCAAGAUAGUUGAACUAACAAAAUGGUGUCCUUUAUUUUGGUUGAAGAGAAGUUGUUUUUUGAUCACUGAAACUAUUGUGCUUGCCAGAGACCUUAGUUACAUUUUAAUCUGCAAAUGUGACGUGAAGACAUUGUAUAUUUUUGUCGCGUUUCCUGAGAGUUUGUACUGUGCCAUUACCAGAAGGUCUUUAUAUUAGAGUAUAAAUGUAUAGAUAAUUUCCCUACCUAUGUAUUUCACACAAAUCUUGUGAGUAGCAUUGACCCUAGAGGAUGCCUAGAACUGUUUUUACCUUUUUAACAAAUUUAUGCUUAAAGAAUACUGUGACUUUUUCUAAAUGAAACUACUUUGUUAGCCCCUUGGUCUCCGAUGUUAACAUGUUGCUGCUAAGUUUUUGUACCGUAGACUUGGAUCCUGAUCUGUAUGUUAUAUAGAACUUCCUGCUCCUACUGUACGUACGGGGGCACCUUGUGUAACAGAUAAAUACGUCCCCCCACCUCUACACAUGUGCAUUGUGCUUUAUAUUCCCCUGUUCUCCACCCCCAGACUAAUGUCAGUUCCCUGACUGAUGUUUGUUUAUUAAACACAAUAUUUACCUCACAA